UGAAAGAUUCUUAUCGGUACCGGUAUGUUAUGUAGUUUGCAUUUAGUGACCAAGCGGGAACAACGUGGCAUUGUAUAGCAAGAUAUUAUAUUGCGUUUACCACAACUAAAACGAGCAACACACAAUUCCUGGAACUGCAGUAACCAGUUCAAAUCCUGCAAGUUAUUCGCAGCUAGCUAGUUAAUUUUAAUUAAAAUGUCGGCAGAACAAAUGGAAAAGUUAAAGAAAGUUUUACAAUUAGAACAACACCCAGAAGGAAACCAAUUUAGACAAGUAUGGAAAGGAGACCGAGAGAUGAAUUUUGUUAACAAAACACAACACGACGGACCCCGAUCUGUUGGAUCCAGUAUCCAUACUUUGUUGACGUCACCAGAUUUUGUGUCGUGGCAUCGUGUCCUUUCUGAUGAGAUUUAUUUUUGGCAUGCCGGUGGGGUCAUAAAGGUUCAUCUACUGGAUGAUAAAGGCAACCAUUCUCAUGUUUUGCUUGGCGAUGUAUUAAAGAAUGAUAGUCAUGUUUAUCAAGUGCUGAUACCCCAUGAUACGUGGUAUGCUGCUGAAAUAGUAGAGGGGGAUUACGUUCUGUUCAGUGCUGUAGUUAUUCCAGGGUUUGAAUUUCGUGAUUGGACUGCCGCUAAACGAGAAGAAAUGAUUAAAGAAUAUCCUCAACAUACCGACCUCAUUACCCGACUAACAAAACAAUAAUAUUAAAUCACUUUUUAACCUUGUAUUGUU